AAGAAAACCUAACUACGGCAGCCGGUCAUCAAUUCUGUACGCAACAUUCAACCAUCCUUAAUUCUUUUUUUGCUUUUUAUAGACGAGAUUGGGGAUCUCGGAUUCCGGCCAAAAGCUUUUACUGGAUCGCCGGCGUUUCCACGGCCGAUUCUAAUUCACAGAACAAUUUCUUGAAGUUGUGGGUUGGAGAGAAGUUGCUUGAAAUUUGAGAGUAAAUAGGCUGCGAUGGAUUCUGAAGAUGACUUCACAUUUUGCCAGGUGGGUUUACCUGAAAGAAAUAAUAGAGAGGCAAAGGAUCUUGCAUCAGAUAUAGGUGAUAUUACCUUAAGGGAUGAAUUGGCAAAUGGCACCGUUAGUAGGACUCACGUCAUUUGGAAUGACAAAUUGUCGAACAAUAUCACUUCCAGAAAGCAGGCAACAGUUGGUUCCUUGGAUUUCAACGUUAUUGAUAUGUCGUCUUCAAAACAAUCAAGUACGUUGUCAACAGAAGAGGUGCCAAAAGAUGCUGGAAAGGUUGUGAAGAAUUCAGGAAAACAGGGGAUUGCUGUGCGUAAGCCUGCAGCUCGAACAAAGGUUCCUUUUGAGAAGGGGUAUAGUCAAAUGGAUUGGCUUAAGCUUACUCGAACCCAUCCUGAUCUUGCAGGGUUGAAAGGCCAGUCAAAUAAAAGGCUUAUCCCUAUGAGUGAAGUUAAAGAACAUCGGACUGAGGGCUCUAUGUGGACCGUUCUGAAAGGUCGUGUGUAUAAUAUAUCUCCUUAUAUGAAGUUUCACCCUGGAGGUGCUGAUAUACUCAUGAAGGCAGUGGGAAAAGAUUGUACAUCUUUAUUCAAUAAAUAUCACGCUUGGGUGAAUGCUGAAUUUUUGCUGGAGAAGUGUCUAGUUGGCACUUUGGAUGAUAGCCAUUGAUAGUUUGUUGACAUGUAGCCUUCGACCAUGUUUAUAUGGUGUAUUGUAUUUGUCAAAAGAAUAAAUAAUUUGGUAUCAUAAUGAGUUUAGAGCUCACAAACCUACUUGAAGGUUUCGAUGGAAGAUACUAUAUACCUGGAUUUUUAUUCUCAAUUAAGUUCCAAGAUAUAUUUGUUAUUCUUUUUUA